AACAUAAAUACAAAAUCUUGUAGGAGAUUUGAAAAAUAAGCUCUCUUAUUCACAAGUUGUGGCCAUGAUCGAAUUGCCUACCCACAAAACACACUCCCCUCUUUUGUCUCUAACUCACCCCACAAUUAAUUUAUAACAAAUCUCCUUCUCCAUUACUAUCUCUUCUUCAACCUCUCAAGCACUAGUAGAAAAAUUUGCCACUUUACAUAACCCUACCUUACUUAUUGUAUCAACCCUUAUUAUAUCAUAUACUUAAAAUUACUACUAUAAAGUAAUAUUUAUCCCCCUAGGUUAGGGUCAAUCUAAUCUAGAUUAAUUAAUCCUAGCUAGCUAGGGUAAUGCUUGCAAUAUCACCACUAAGUAGCAACAAAGAUGAAAACAACAAUGGAGGAACAACGAUGGCGGAAGGGAACUUCUCGAUGGGAACCGAUGAUUUCCCGGACUUCUCCGGUGCCAAUCUACUCGAUAGCAUCGAUUUCGAUGAGUUGUUUAUGGGCAUGCACGACGGCGAUGUGUUACCGGAUCUUGAAAUGGAUCCGGAACUGUUGGCUGAGUUCUCCCUUAGUUCGGGGGGAUAUGAUGACUCCACCUCGGAAGCUAAUAACUCGCCGUCAUCCGGUAUGUCAACUGAGAAUAAUGUUAUUAGUCCCAUGGAUGAUGCUUCAUUUGAUGCUGCCAUUUAUCAAGGUAACUACAAUAAUGAUGAUGUAGUUAGUCUAGUACUUGAGGAGGAGUCUAUGGAAAAACACGACCAAAGUCCGGGUUUCAUGUCGAAUAAGACGCCGGAGGAGGUGGAGAUAGUGAGCAAAAAUGAUGCCAAAUCGGAGUCUGCAACAACAAUGACAAAGAUUUCUUCCUCCAAAGAGAGUCAUAAAGGGAAGAAAUCUAAGUCCGGGGCUAAUAAUAACAACCACCAUCAUGGGAAACGAAAAACAAAGGUGGAUUGGACGCCGGAGCUUCAUCGGAGAUUCGUGCAAGCAGUGGAGCAACUAGGAGUAGAUAAGGCAGUCCCUUCAAGGAUAUUAGAGCUUAUGGGAAUUGAUUGUCUUACCCGCCAUAACAUUGCUAGCCAUCUUCAGAAAUAUCGAUCACAUAGAAAGCAUUUGCUAGCUAGGGAGGCGGAGGCAGCAAGUUGGACACAAAAGAGGCAAAUGUAUGGUGUUGCAAUGGGUGGUGGGAAAGGUGGUGCAAACAUUAGCCCAUGGUAUCCACCAACCAUGGGGUUUCCUCCGAUGACAACCAUGCACCCACCGUUUAGGCCACUACAUGUAUGGGGUCAUCCAACCAUGGACCGUCAAGCUAGGGUGCCUAUGUGGCCAAAACAAAUUGCUCCAACAGCUACUCCCUUACCACACGCUUGGGCGCCUCCUCCUCUACAUCCACCGCCUACGGAUACAUCAUUUUGGCACUCACCCCAUCAACGGAGAGUUGCAGUAGCACCAGUUCCAGGGAUUCCUCCCCACACCAUGUAUAGACCAGAUCAACACGGCCUUCCGCCACCGCCUGCAGCGCAGUCUGGACCUCAUCCUCCUUUAGACCUUCAUCCGUCAAAGGAGAGCAUAGAUUCGGCCAUCGGAGACGUAAUAUCAAAACCGUGGCUGCCGCUUCCGAUAGGGUUGAAACCUCCAUCAAUGGACAGUGUUAUGGUGGAACUCCAACGUCAAGGCAUUCCAAAGAUACCACCUUCGAAUUCUGCUGCAUCAUGAAUUUAAUGGUAACUUGUCCAAAAAUAAUCACAACGUACGUACACUACCUUCCUUUUUUUUGGUCUACGGGACGUUGUACCAAGGUGUUUCUAAAUUCCCCCAAAAAAAAAACACAACAAAAGUACCCCCAAAUUUGACGACAUAUCAUAGCUUUUAGAUGGUAUAUCCAUCUAAUAAGCUAGCUAGCAUUGUACCACAUGCUCCGAUCCUUUUUACAUGUGUACGUGUAACAACAAAUUAUUUCCUGAACUUUUCCAUUGUACGUACGACUAUUUUUUGUGAAUAAAUUUUGUAACAUUAUGAGGCCUUUA